UGUCAGUGUGUAGUCUCUGCGUUGAAGAGAAGCUCCUCUCUCACUGGCUGCUAUGACCUAGCUACCGGACGACACUUUCUGUUUUCACGACUGACCACUGCGUCUGAUAUACGUUUGUAGCAUUUUUUUUUUUUGCUACCAUACAUUCAAUACAGAGACUUUUUUUUAUGGUCGCUGUGCCGCGACUUUUUACCCAUAGCUGCUGGCCUCUGAGGCUAGCUGGCUAGCUGAGUAGUGACAGAGUGGACAGAGGUACAGUAACGUUAGCAAACAAGCUAAUCAGCAAGAAAGACUGUCAGUCUGGAUUAUUGUGUGUAAUCAAAGGAGAGCCUCUAACACUGCGGGUUUCACUCACUGCGGCAAAAUGAAGAUAACUGUGGAUUUCGAGGAAUGCUUGAAGGACUCCCCGCGGUUCAGAGCCACCAUAGAGGAAGUGGAGGGGGAUGUGUGUGAGUUGGAAUCUAAGCUCGACAAAUUGGUGAAGUUGUGUAUUGGGAUGAUUGAUGCUGGAAAAGCCUACAAUGCAGCCAACAAACAGUUUGUUUACGGAAUCCGGGAGCUAGCCCAGCAGUCCACCAAAGAUGAAGUCAUUGAGUCCAGUCUCACAAAGUUUGCUGAGAGUCUGCAGGAGAUGAUCAACUAUCACACAAUAUUAUUCGAUCAGGCCCAGAGAUCAAUCAAGACCCAGCUUCAAAUAUUUAUCAAAGAUGACUUGCGUAAGUUCAAAGAAGCCAAAAAGCAAUUUGACAAAGUGAGUGAAGAAAAGGAGACGGCGCUGAUCAAGAACGCUCAGGCUCCUCGCAACAAGCAGCAUGAGGUGGAAGAGGCCACCAACAUCCUCACUGCCACACGCAAGUGCUUCCGACACAUCGUCCUCGAUUACGUUUUACAGAUCAAUGUGCUACAAUCCAAGAGAAGAUCAGAAAUCUUAAAAUCAAUGUUGUCCUUCAUGUACUCCCACCUGACGUUCUUCCACCAAGGCUAUGACCUCUUCAGUGAACUACAACCGCUAAUGAAGCUGCUUGGAGGACAGUUGGACCAGCUGGUGGUUGAUGCUGCCAAAGAGAAGAGAGACAUGGAGCAGAAACACUCCACCAUUCAGCAAAAGGCUGCUAUCCAGGAUUUCUCGAAUGACGACACCAAGCUGGAGUACAAUGUUGACGCAGACAACGGCAUCGCCAUGGAGGGUUAUCUGUUUAAGAGGGCCAGCAAUGCCUUCAAGACGUGGAAUAGGCGUUGGUUCUCCAUCCAGAACAAUCAGCUAGUUUACCAGAAGAAAUUUAAGGACAACCCUACUGUGGUGGUGGAAGACCUGAGGCUUUGUACAGUGAAACACUGUGAGGACAUAGAGCGCCGCUUCUGUUUCGAAGUGGUAUCACCCACCAAGAGCUGUAUGAUGCAGGCAGACUCAGAGAAGCUGCGACAGGCCUGGAUCAAAGCCGUCCAGAACAGCAUCGCCACUGCCUUCAGAGACAAGGGAGAUGAGGGCGAGAAACUGGACAGGAAGUCUUCCACGUCGACAGGGAGCCUGGACUCUGGUGGAGAGCCAAAGGAGAGAUCACUGAAAGGAGAGAGUGCCCUGCAGAAGGUCCUGGCCAUCCCAGGCAACACUUGCUGCUGUGACUGUGGCCAGCCAGACCCUCGCUGGGCUAGCAUCAAUCUGGGCAUUACCCUCUGCAUACAGUGCUCUGGUAUACACAGGAGCCUCGGAGUACAUUUCUCCAAGGUUCGGUCUUUGACUUUAGAUUCAUGGGAGCCAGAGCUUUUAAAGUUAAUGUGUGAACUGGGUAACGGAGUGAUCAACCAGAUCUAUGAGGCUCGUCGGGAGGAGCUGGGAGCCAGAAAACCACAGCCAGGAGAUCCCAGACAUGAGGUAGAGGCCUACAUCAAAGCCAAAUACGUGGAACGGCGUUUUGUCCGCCGGCCAUCAGACGAGGAGCUUCGCAACAAAGUGGUUUCUCUGAGCAAGCAGGAAAAGAGACUGAGCAGCAGCUCUGAGCAUCUGCCCCCUAGACCGCCACCGCCCACGCCAAAGCUCAGACCUGGUUCAAACGCCUCCGGACAAUCAGCUGUUGCCAGCGGCUCGGAGGCCCGCCGUGACUCUCUCUUCUGUCCUGACGAGCUUGACUCGCUCUUCUCCUACUUUGACAACUCCUCCAAGCUCAGGAGCAUAAAAAGUGCAGACAGCGGCAUCCAGAACAGUGCUGAUGGGAGCAGGGAGAUGCUGGCCAACACCCCGUCCAAUAACAGCCUGGCAGAUGCAGAAGCUGCUGAGUCUGCACCCAUCUUGCAUAUUUCAGAAGCUGCUGAGGCUCCACCCAUGCCCAUGCCUGCCACACUGCCUCCUCCUUCCCCUUGUAAGGAGGUGGUUUUCUACGAGCCUAAAGAGUACAGCCCAGGUCUGCAGCUCUACUGGGCCUCAUGUGCACGCAGCCUGCCCGACAUGGCAGAGGCUCUGGCCCAUGGAGCCGAGGUCAACUGGGUCAACACCGAAGAUGACAAGAGGACACCGCUAAUCAUGGCGGUGCAGGGGGGAUCGCUGGUCACCUGUGAGUUUUUGCUCCAAAACGCAGCUAGUGUGAACCAGCAGGAUGCUCAGGGCCGAGGACCCCUUCACCACGCCACCAUGCUGGGACACACGGGGCAAGUGUGUUUAUUUUUAAAAAGAGGAGCCAAUCAAAAUGCUGCAGACAUUGACGAGAAAACACCCCUGAUGAUAGCGGUGGAUGCGGCUAACGCAGACAUUGUCACACUGUUGCGACUGGCCAAGAUGAACGAGGAGAUGCGAGAGGCGGAGGGGCCCUACAGUCAGUCAGGAGAUGAAACAUACCAGGACAUUUUCCAGGAUUUCACUCACAUGGCUUCAAACGACCCGGAUAAGCUUAACCGCUACCAGCAGUACGAUCCACAAAAACCCUGACACGACAACAACUGCACCGUCCACUAGCACUCAGAGACUAUGUCUACUCAACCAGAUGGAGGCAAAACGUCAUCUGGAAAAAUGUCCUCCCCUUUCCCUCCACAUCAGCGAUGAUCAGAGCUGGUUAGUGCUACCACAGCUGGACUCAAGUCAUCAACGCAUUUCAUAUGGAAAAAGCUCCCUUUGUUCAAAUUGUAUGAAUUGACCUUUUAGCUGUGAUAAAUCACCCUGUUGAUGGCAUUUCUGUCAAGUUUAGGGGAACAGCAAACCUCAUUUUUCAAACAAAGGCUGUGUUUCCCUGUAGGAUCUAUCCGUGAAUGGUACAGUGUUAGAGCCUUUAAAAGGUGCAAAGCCAUGAAAAGAAAUUCAUUGAUCUGAGUCUGAAUGUAGAGUCGCCUUCAAGGCUGUCUCUUACUUUGAUUAACUUCAAUCUUUUGUCACACUUCCUGAUGGAAGAAGUUUUAAAGAUGUGUUUUUAUAAAUGUAAAAACAUAAUUGUACUGCAUCAGAUCUGUACAAAUGUAUAGUGGACUGUUAAAUCCUACAUUUUAAUUCUUAAAUACUUCAUCUUUUCAGCAGAAUUCUCUCUCUCAACAUCUUUCAACAUAUGCAAAUGUGACCGGGUUCUUUUAUUUGUUGCUUUAGCACUCUCUUCAGUGUAUACUUAGUAGUCCGCUUUUACUUAAUUGCACGGACCCCUUUGUCCUAAAUCACCACUGAUGUUUACCAGUUUGAUGGUAAGUUUUUGACUUGUUAAACAAUGUACAGUAAUUAUAGAAGUGAAUAUGUUAUCUAUGCUUCUGUCAUGUUAAAUAGAUAGCAUUUUAGGAUUCUUAAAGGUUAGUUAUUUUUGAACAAGGUUCUCUGAAUGAUUUACAUCGUCCAUUUUGUCACCACAGCAACAUCUGUGAGGCCAAUUAGCUGUUUAAGCAUUGUUAUUAUGUGGACUUGGGUUUAGUUAUGAUGAAUGAUUAUUAAUUUGUACCUUCAGUCUCGUGCUGGUAUAAGAUGAAAUCGAGCUUCACAUUGCUGUGGGCACUUGAAGUGUUCAUGUGGCCGUUUGAUUCCCUGUUGAUUUUAGAGAGACCCUGAACAACACAAUGACACUUUACUUUCAGGCAAUGUGUUUCUGUGGUUGAGUUUGUAGGGAAUAUAGGAUCUUCCCUGAAAAUCUGCUCAGUUAAAGUUAAACCAACGUGAUGUUUGUUUUAGUAUCGGAAACGUACUGUAGUUACAAGUGUGGAUUCAAACCCAGGCAACUCUCAUUUGGCAGCUUCUUUGUCAACAAAGAUGAAAAUCAGUCUUAUCUUUUUUUUUUCAAUAGAAACUGUGUGGAUAAAACAUCAACACCGUAUGCACUGGGAACACUCGUUAUGCAGCAGAGAACCAAAAAAAGAAUGAUUUGAAAGUGAACACUUUCUCUUUUUCUGUGCAAUUUAACUUUCUUAGGAAAUUAUUUUAGACAAAUUCAGUGUUUCACAUUUUCUACAUCAGUUUACGAAAUGUCUGUAAAGUGAGUUACAUUGAAGCAGAUUUCUUUAAACGUGAGCUGUCGAGAAACAUCACAUCUUAUAAAGCUUUAACUAAGUUAAUGCACCACCUUAUAAUUCAUGAACUGUUCAACGCCACACAUGAACUCUGCACAUUUCAUGAUAGUACAUCAAACUAAAGAAAGCAGUUUGAGACUUUAAACACAUGAAGCCUUCACCUCUCUGUGACAUUAUAUCAUAAGGUGUGAUAUGCAGUAGAGAGGAAACGUUUGGUCUUUGCAACAUGGGAUACAAUUCUUGUACAUUUUGUACAGAUGCUUAAAACUGUCCAGAGCAAGUGAAGUAUAAAGUUAGUGGUACUUGAAUCAUUUAUAAGCUUUUGUACAUGCUGUUCUUUGUAUCCUUCAGUGAUUUUAUCUCAUUUUAUAUUGUCCAUCUUUACACCAAUAUACAUGUCCUGUAUAUUCUACCUGUAAUAUGUUAACAUAAACUUCAAUACAUAUGGACUGAUGAUUGAC